AUGAAGAUUAAAGAGCUGCUGAAGACUGUGAAUGUGGCAUGGUCCCCGCCAGCUCAACAUCCUAUUAUGUUGGCUGCAGGAACAGCAGCACAACAACUAGAUGCAAGCUUCAGUACUUCUGCCAGUUUAGAUCUAUAUUCGUUGAAUUUGCAACAGCCAGGAUAUGAAAUGGAACUUCAAGCCAGUGUUCCCAGUGAUCAUAGGUUUCAUAAAAUUAUUUGGGGAUCAUAUGGAAAUAAUCCUGCUGGCAUAAUUGUUGGAGGUUGUGACUAUGGCACGAUAAAAAUUUAUUCUGCCUCAAAAUUGUUGGCCAAGGAAUCUAAUUGCCUAAUAAGCAGUCCUGACAGACAUACUGGUCCUGUCAGAGCAAUGGAUUUUAAUCCCUUCCAAGCUAAUCUAUUAGCCACAGGCGCAACAGAGAGCGAGAUUUAUAUUUGGGAUGUAGUUAAUACAAACACACCUAUGACACCUGGCUCCAGAAGCCAGCCACUAGAAGAUGUCCAAUAUAUUGCUUGGAAUAAACAAGUACAACAUAUUCUUGCAUCAACAUUUUCACAAUGUUGUGUUAUAUGGGAUUUAAGAAAAAAUGAGCCAAUAAUCAGAUUGACAGAUGCAAAUUCAAGGGUACGUUGGAAGGUUGUUCAGUGGCAUCCUGAUGUUGCGACACAACUGUGUUUAGCCUCAGAAGAUGAUCAGAUGCCUAUUAUUGAAUUAUGGGAUUUAAGGUUUGCAAUGUCUCCUCUGAAGACACUGCAGAAUCAUCAGCGUGGUGUUCUCUCAAUAGCAUGGAAUCCGCACGAUUCUGAUCUACUUUUGAGUUGUGCCAAAGAUAACAGAAUUUUAUGCUGGAAUCCUAACUCAGAUACACCAAAUGGUGAGGUGAUAUGUGAAUUGGCUCAAACAAAACAAUGGAACUUUGAUGUGUCUUGGUGCCCGAGACAUCCAGGAUUAAUUGCUAGUAGCAGCUUUGACGGUUAUGCUGUUGUUUAUUCCCUGUUGGGUGGACAGCAGCAAGCUUCUAUGGGACCGUCUAGCAAAAUAGUAGAUUCGUUCCCAGGAAUGGAUCCUUUCACUCAACUUCCGGCUACAGUACAAACUGAAAAAACAGCAAUAUUGACGAAAGCUCCCAAAUGGUUAAAGAGGCCAUUUGGAGCAUCAUUUGGAUUUGGUGGUAAAUUAGUGAUUUUCGAGAACCUACCUGCUGAUCCGAAUUUACCAGCAAACUCAAACAGAAAAGUUAUUGUAUCGCAAGUAAUCACACAACCCGGUCUUAUUCAACGUUCCAAUAACUUAGAAGCAACAUUAAAAACAGAACAGUAUGGCGAUUAUUGCAAAGGAAAGAUAGAUAGAUCCCUGGAUGAACAUACCAAGAAAAUCUGGAGCUGUGUCUGUGCUUAUUUUGGUGAAAAUGUGACGAAAAAUAUAUUGGAAUUAUUAGGCUACAAUAUUGACACAAUGAACAACAAACUGAACCAGUAUGUACCUCAGGAUGAUGUUAACAGUAUUAUAGAAGGCGUCUCCAAUCUCAAUAAUGUGCUGAACGGGAAUGUUUUAGACGGCAGUGCUGCAUUUGAUGCUAUUGCGCAAGAACAAAGUAAAAAAGUAGUCCCGUCAAACAAAUCUGCGGAUAACACUUUCACCAUAGAUACUUCCGAUGAUGAAGAUGGUCUUAUUACUCAAGCCAUCUUGUUAGGAAAUAUCGAGGCAGCCGUAUCUUUGUGCUUUGCCAACAAAAGGUACGCCGACGCCAUUAUCCUUUCGAUGGCUGCUGGCCCCGAGUUAUUAGCACGUACCCAGUACAGAUACUUUGUAGAACAUUCCAGUCCGUUAAAUUCUCUCAUUAAUUCAUUAGUUAGUGAGAAUUGGACAGAGGUUGUGAAGAAUAGCGACAUAAAGUGUUGGAAAGAAGUACUGAUUGGCAUAUUUACACAUUCCAAUGCACAAGAACGACCUGCUUUGUGCGAUAUGCUCGGCGACCGUUUGGCUUCGUGUGAGAAUUCCUUCCUCAAGAAGCAAGCGCAAAUUUGUUACAUUUGUUCUGGCAAUUUAAAUAAGUUGAUUGAAGUGACCGACACGGAUAUUCAAGAAGUGGUGGAAUUAGUUGUGAUAAUGCAAAAAGCUUUAGAAUUCCAAGGCAUCAGGGAUAUUCGGAUAGAGGAUAAAAUCGCUGCUACACUGUCCGAGUACGCGGAGAUGCUGGCGACGGAAGGCAAUCUAGAAGCUGCCUUGAAUUAUCUCGGAAACAGUCAAGAGCAGAAAAUUUCAAUGUUGAGGGACCGUCUUUGUAGGGCUUUGGGCUACAUACAGGAACAAAGGCACACCGCGAAGCCCGCAACUCAAAAUUAUUACGACCGAAGUCGUACUCUGUCACAGAGCUCGCAAAAUGCGUACAGUUCGCAACUGCAGCAACCGUUGCAACAUCAACAACAGCAGCAGCAGCAGCAACAGCAGCAGCAGCAACAACAACAGCGGCAGCAAACAACACCGGUGCAGAAUUGGAAUACGACUCCGCUGAAGCAGACAUACGGUACCACGACGAAUCAGUUCACGACCCAGCCGCCUCAGCCGUACGGGAUGCCACCGCCUCUUUCUCAACCUCAAACACAGUCUACGAUGUAUGAUCAAUAUCCCACAUCGCAUCCAUACAAUCAGGUCCCAACUGCUCAACCUCCGCCGCCGCCUCCGCCUACGUCCAGCUCCAGUCUGAGCGGCUCGAGACCGUCCAGUGUUGGACCUCAGUCGAGAUCGAAGUAUCUGAUAGAUCCGUCGGUGAAGUCCACGCCUUCGUACGGUCAGAGCGGUUUCCCGGGGCAGAAUCAAUUUUACAAUUCACAGCAAAUCUCGUCUGUUCCCGGUUAUCCUUCGCAAAAUCUUUAUCAACCGCAAGCUCCUGUGCCAGUUGCCACUUAUCCACCCAGUCAGCCAUCAAGUUUCACGAACAAUCCCAAGGAACCCGACCCUUACAAGCCGCUUCAGCCAGGCCCGAUGUUGCAAAGUGCACCUCAGACCCAGAUAUACGAGCCUGCUAGAUCCCAGCCACCUCCUCCGCCAACGCAGGCAUACGCAGGAAACGAGAACAUGUAUCAGAUGUCGUCACAAUCAUCCGGAUGGAACGAUCCUCCGAUCGGGAAAAGUUCCAGAGUACAGUCGAAAGCGGAAUUUCAAUCACAAAAUCCCAUUAUGCAUCCGUUGAGAAGCAAUCAGCCAGAACCGAACUUAUUAGCUCAAGAUAAUUUUUAUCAAGAUCCUCAUAAUGCACCUUACAACCCACAAUACGGGCAAAGCGUGCCGGCCGCUGCAUCAUUCAACAAACCGAUGGAGCCACUACAACCCGUAAUGCCUGCGAGGGUAGCCGAACCUGAGAAACCUAAAGCACCUAUUCCUGAACAACAUGUGCAAUUAAAAACGAUAUUGGAUGAAUUAAAAAAUCAAUGUUAUGAAAGUGCGAAGAAUCCGCCAAUCAAAAGAAAGUUAGAAGACGUGUCGAAGAAACUGGAGGUGCUAUAUGAUUGCCUUAGAGAGAAUAAGUUGUCCCAGAAUACUUUGCAAGGAUUACAUCAAAUAUCACAGAUGAUUCAAAAUGGCAAUUAUACAGGAGGAUUAGACUUACACACGCAAUUGGUGUCAGGACCAGAUUUUAGUCAAAUAGCUUCCUUUAUGCCUGGGAUUAAAGUAUUACUUCUAAGUGCCCUUCAACUGAGCGUCUACAUUAGAUAGAAUGCUCAAGGAUCGUACGCUAAGUUGUUUAUAUGUAUUCAUCAUGAUUUUUUUUUGUAAUUCUAAACAGCCUUAACGAGAGAGUUAUUUGUGCUACAUUAACUUUAUAUAACACUCAGUAUAUAUGUUAUAUGAGAUAUAAAAUAGAAUCACGAUGUAGGUAUAUAAUUAUAUAUCCUGUUAUUUGGUUCUCUCUGCAUGUUGUCACUCGCGUUUAAUAAUGUAAACUGAAAAAUAUGCCAAAAACUAUUGUUUAAUUGUUUUUUGGCAAUGAACAUUACAAUGUACGUGUACUCUAUAUAUUCAAAAAACUAAAAUAGAUUUUAUAACAAUUUUAACGAAUUAUUUAUUUUUUUUGAUUAAAGAUAAUCAUCCAAGUAAAAAGAAAGAUAUUCGGUAUGUAUAUCUUACAAAUUUAUCCUACGGAUAAUACGGAUGGUGACGUGCAAGAGAAUCAGUUUAUUUCAUAUACUGUAUGAAUAAGUCACGUAUAAUUUUCUGCUUAUACCGUAAUCAAAUAUGGCUAUUGAUCCAGAUGAUUCACGAGGAAUUACAUGAGAAUCAUAUUUUAUCUAGGCUAACUUUAUAUAAUUGUCAGUUAUCGAUUUUUUAUUGUUAAUGAUGUGUGUGAGAUAACGAGAUACUUACAGACGUCCGUAUAAAGAAUUUAAAGAUAGGAUGCUAACAGCAAUUUGUUUUAACAAUUCCAUAUGUAUAUAUUGUAACGUUAAAGUCGAUUAUGAAAUAAGUAAAAAUGAAGCAUCUCUUUUUUAAGUCUCAAAAUUCACACAAUCUAUUUAUUAUUAAUAUUAAUAUUUCGAAGUAAAUUAUGCGCACGGACAAUGGUCUUCUGUUCUCAUUUAAUGUGUAAAAUGGGAUUUUGCAAUAAAUAAUAGUGGCAUAUUCUUUAA